AUGGCAGUUCAUCCAUUUUCACAUACCGCUGCACUCAUUUUUCAUCGGUCAAAGAAGUUUGUUUUAAAAUUAAAUAGAAAGUAUAAUUCUGGCAGUAGUAGUAAUAAUAGUAGCUGUGGUAAAGUUAACAAACGUAAUCAACAAGAUAAUGAACCCGAUUACCUUUAUAAACGGGGCGAGGCAUCUGCAGAGUCUGGGAAUGGAUUGGCUCAAGCCAGACUUGCAUUUUUAAGAAAAUAUGGCCGGCCUUGUGUCCGCAUUGAUCGAGCUGAAGCCGAAAUGUGGCAACAAAAAGUUAAAGAACAAGGUGAAACAGCUAUUGCUUGGCUAUUUCAUGCGGCUUGUAAUGAAAAUCAUGCCGCUGCACAAUAUUCGUUGGCUGCAGCACAAGACCAUGCUCGUGCACAAGACAAAUUGGGUGUAUGCCUUCAACUGGGUAUUGGAUGUGAAAAGGAUGAAGUAACUGCGUUAUACUAUUUCCGCUUGGCCGCUGAACAGGAUCACCUGACUGCUAUGUACAACUUGGCUAAUGCGUUGGAAAAAGGAAUUGGUUGUGAUGCUGAUCUUGAAGGUGCUACGCAUUGGCUGGAAAGAGCAGCCAGCUCUGGCUGUCGAAGGAGCUGCGAACGACUAAAAACAUUAUUAGUGAAGGAAUGUUUGGGACAAGAGACAAGUGGAAAUGUUUAUUUGACUGGAUAUUGCGCAGCAGCAGCAUGA